AUGGCGGUGUCACCGGCAAUGACCUCCAGCCACGCUCGAUCCCCCGUCAUCAAGGUGAUUGCAGGCGAAGACGAGAUCUUUGGCGAAGAAAGCCCGGAUCUCCCUAUCAAUGUCUUCCACGUCAGCAAAUCACUCCUGCUGGAGAACUCAAAGUACUUCGCCAUCAUCCUCGAUUCCUCCCCCGAUCGCACCACCGUCCGUCUUCCCACCAACGACUACGACGUCCUCGCCGACUGGCUUGACCUGAUCUACCAAGGUGCCCUCACCAAGUCCGGCAGCAGCGAGCCCCUGACGUUUGACGACGUGCAGCGUUACUUCAAGUUUGCCGACCUCGUGGGUUCAGAAAAGCUCCGCAACACCAUCAUGGACUCGAUGCAGGAUGUUCCUAUGCAUCACUGGGACCUGAAUUCCUUCUGGCUUCUGAACGCCAAGUAUUCCUCUUCCCUCGGCGGCUUGUGCGACUAUGUCUUGGAAUGUCUGGCAUACAAGGUCGUCGUCGGCGGCUGGGCGGAAUUCACUGGGAGAGACCGGGACGACGAGGAGAGCACCUGGGCCACCUUCGUCAGCGAAGCGACCAACCUCGAGCUGUUGAACAGGUUGCUCCUGAAAGUGGAUCAGCUCAAUCAGGAGAAGGAUCACAACCGACUUGUGGCCCCAGCGACGCGCAAGGAUUGCAAGUGGCACGAGCACGCAGGUGACGACACCAAGGCGAAAUGCCCGAGAAACGCUUUGCCCUCGUGGCAAGCCAUGGUCACAUACAAGGACGUCGUGAAUGGACAUGCCACCGCUUUGGGUGUGAACGGUCAUGGGCAGGAGCAAGGAGGCCUAUUUGCCUAG